AAAAAACACUAAACUGGGAUCCAGACGGCUCACUACCAGCCUCCAGCUCGCGUUCCAGGAGUAUGUCGAGCACAGAUACCUCCCAAGCGUUGUCACGGUGGUGUCGUCUAUAUUGCUUUUCUACAUCACGUAUAUCUCUCUUUAUGGCGGAGAAGCGCCUUUAAGCGACUGGGACGGUGCAGGGACCCAAGGGCUGGGUAUUUCGAGAGGCGGUAGCGGUAUGGUUGGCUACACGAAGGCAUACAAGAGAGGCGGCGCCCCCCCAACCCCCAAGGAGCCUGGUAUCUACAAGAAUGCGGUAAAAGCUCCGCACAGAUAUUUCUGGAAUAAGAGCCCAAGUAAAAUUGUUAUUGUGGUGGGCGCAAAUCGAGAGGGGGGAGUAGAAAAGUGGAAGGAGCCCCGGGAGUGGAAAACCGAAAACACCGCCAUUCAAGACAAGCGCAGGUACGCGUUGAGACACGGGUACGACGUUGUGGUCAAGGAUUUAACCUUCCAGAAGAAGCAUUCCCAUGAGCACAGGGAAGCUUGGGCCAAGUUUGAUAUUUUGCGGGAGGCCAUACGCGACCACCCGGAGGCUGAGUGGUUCUGGUACGUGGACAUGAACUCAUACAUUAUGAUGCCAGAAAUUUCCUUGGAAGAGUUGAUCUGGAGCCACAGCGAGAGCAUAUCGAGAGACAAGACGGAAUACUUUCACGGCAAGCCUUCCAAGACGGAUAGCCGUAUGCCGUACGUCGACUACGACGAACCGGUGGAGUUGAUUGUCUCCCAGGACUGUUUGGGGUUCAAUCUCGAAUCUUUUUUCAUUCGUCGGUCAGAAUGGACGGACAUGCUAUUGGACGUGAUGUUUGAUCCGAUCUUCUAUAAGGCGUUGCACGUGAAAUGGGUGCGCGAGGAAGCGAGUGCGUUGGAGUACUUUUACGACGAGCAAGCGUGGGUCAGGUCAAGAGUCGGGUUCAUGCCGUUCCGUCACUUUAACUCCUUGGCUAGAGGCUGUGCAGACUCGGACAAGCCGUAUUUGUUCACCUACAACGAAACUGACGGAGAUUUCAUGGUGAACAUGCACAACUGCAGGAACCGAGGUGACCGCAACUGCCACGACGAAAUGGAGUAUUACGCCCAGCUAGCGGAGGAGCUUCAUUCGAGCUGGUUCACUAAUUUGUUUGGUUAGGCGGAUGAAAGCUAAUGCCGUCACCACCCUGUAAGGCUUGCCCCUUGCGGUGCGGCUAGGAAAUUGGCGUCACAGAAACGGCCGGAGGUAGCUGACUCCCCCUGCGUAUAUUUUUUUUUAUGUAGCUCCGCAUUUUCUCGCUUUUGAUAAACGUAAUAUAUUCACAGCAAUGCUUUUUAU